AUGACGAAUCACCUGGUGUGCGUGCUGUCCAAGAACGCGACCAAGCCGGCCGACGUCCCGAUCGAGCUCUGCACGCACCUGGUCUACCAGGAGCUGGACAUGGACCGCAAGACGCGCUCCUUCCAUCCCCGGUUCCUUCACUCCUCCGCAUACCAGGAGUUCAUGGCCUUGCGCGAGCGCUUCGUCACCGCCAAGUUCGUGGUGGCCCUGAGCGGACAGCUGAUCCAUGAGGCGACCCAGGCUGCCCAGAAGGACCCGGGAGCUCUGGUGCAGAUCGCCUCGGACCUCGCCAGCUGGCUGUCCAAGAACGAGCUGAACGGCAUCGCGUUCACGGAACAGCCGCUGGUCAACCCGUCCAUCGGGCAUGUCAUCAGCAUGAUCAAGGCGUUCCAGGCGGCUCUGCAAGCUUUAGGAGCUCCCAAGCCAGCCCUUAUCUAUGGAGGCUACCUGAUACCGAAGCAGAACUCAGACAGGACUUUCAUCAAGCUGAUCAAAAAGCUCGUCAUGCUGGUGGACAUCUUUGUGCUGGAAACCCACUAUCACGAAGAAGAACAGUUCUGCAAGCUAGUGUACCCGUCAAUCUACGUAGGAGAAGGUGAACCGCUUCCCAGCCUCCCCAUUAAAACGGCGCUGUUCUGGAUGGAGAUGGUCAGAGAGGAAGAUGACCUCAGCAGCACCUCCAAGAUGUGCUUCUCGCUCAGCCUGGUCACACUGUCAUUCGACCUGACCGAGAACGCACGACCCACCGCUGGCAGUUGGUGCACGGGACGUCACUGGAUCAACUACGGGGAUAUGUGCAGCGGAAACGCGUGGCUCGUUCCCCAGGAAGACAGCACAGUGUUAUCAACGUCCCGACACAAAGCGCGUAACUGGAUCUCCUACGACAGCGAGUUCGCAAUUAAGGAAAAGGUGAACCGUGCCAUGGAACUGUUGCACGGGGUGUGCGUGGCCGCGUACAACGUGGACCAGGACGACAACGAGGCCCACUGCGACGGCGUCACCCGCUUCCCCAGGCUACAGGCCAUCCGGGACGUGCAGAAGAAUCACGUCGACCGAGAGUUCUACGGAGUCAAGAGAAAGAAGGCGUCAGCGGUGCUCAUCUGCAUCGUGGGAGAGUUAACCUCGGAGCAGGACCGCUACCCAACCGAUCAUUGUACGCACAUCAUCUACAAGGACAUGGUCUUCUUCGGCGAGCACAAGUCUUUUCGGCCUAAGGAGAAAGAGCACGGUUUCCGGGCGUUCAAGCAGCUGGGUGCCCAGAGCAAAGCGCAGCUGCUGAUAGCGCUGGAUCCUCAGGAAGUGGCCGACUUCUACAUGCCGCUCUGGCGGAACCCCAAGAAGCUGGGCCACUUCACUCGGAGUGCUGCAGAAUGGCUGAACACGUAUGGUUUUGACGGCAUCGCAAUUCUGGAUCAGAACGCCGCUUCGAUCGCCGACGUCAAGAGGUUCCUCCCAGUUGUCAAGAGGAUCUUCGACGUGUUUGACAGACAAGACCGGAAGCUUAGCAUUGUGCUGGGCUUGAAUCUCGAAGAGCACACCAACACACCUGAGAACGUUGCGGAAGCGUUCGAGGACAUUGCCACGUACGUGGACUACCUGAUCAUCCAGACCCACCACAUGCGGUCGACGCCUUGCAAUGUGUCGCUCACGUCGGCGUUCCUGGAGCACGAGGCGCUCAGCUCGACGGUACCUGUGCGCACGGCGAUCUCCUGGAUGCGCAUCUUGCACGUGGAGAACGAGACAAAUGUCAAGCUGUGCUUCUCCCUCAACAUGGCCACGGUCACCUUCAAGACCAAGGACAGCGGGGACGGCACCGUCUGCAAGAGCGAGCGCUGGUCCAACUACAGAGACUCGUGUUUGACAGCCGAGGGUUUCAAGGAUCCCGUGAAGGUGCAGGGCUCCCUCAGCUUGUACCGAUCCUCCAAGAACUCUUGGCAGACCUUCGAGAACGAAGACACUGUCCGCGAAAAGGUGGAGCGCGCAGUGACUCUCUACCCCGGAGUGUGCGUGGCCGCCUUCUACGUGGAGCACGAGGACUCGACGGGCACGUGCGCCCCCAGGUUCUCCAGGGUCGCCGAGAUCUCCAAGGCGCUCAAGCGAGGUGCGCUGAAUUCUUCUCGGAAUAAUCCGUUGCAAAGGCCGAAAUUCCCAUUUAGAUUUCCUGGGGCAUUAACGGGCGUAGCGGCGGCGUUGGUCUCGGGAGGAAAACUAUUCUUAUAA